AUGUCCACAGCAGUCUCCACUGUUAUCGAAUUAUCUUCAUCUGAUAUUGUCAAUGAGACAACAGGAAAUUAUCCAACAAUUGGCACAAAGUCACCUUCAGUCUCAGAGACAUACACAUCUGAAACAAGUGAUGUGUCCAAAACUGCAGUUACGCCAGCCGCCUCACUCCUUAGCACAGCAAAACCAACAUUGGCGUCUCCUGAAACAGAACAAACUUUUACCACAUCCCAUUCUCAAACAAAACCUGCAACUGCAUUUGAAAUGUCAAGUUCCGCCAUUACAGAUAGAGGGAGCACAAAUCCAUAUACUAGUGGAUACCCUGGAGAAAUGUCCAGCAAACACACUCCAAAAGGUUCCUCGUUAAUCAGUCCAGAGACCACAACAGCAGAACAAGUUGGUAGCUUUUCAACAGAACAAAGAACUCUCCCCUCAGUUUCAUCCCUUUCUGAAAAUCCAGAGAUAAGCCUUGGUGUUACUCCAGAAGAUAUUGACGGUUCAGGAACUAUGAGUACAGAUUUGUUGACAUCAUCUAUAACAGUUAUUGAUACAUCUUCAAGUUUCUACAGUAUUGACACAGCAACAAUAUCUCCUGAAUCAGAGGCUUCCUCAGUGAGACCAGAACAAGUUACGCCAGCCGCCUCACUCCUUAGCACAGCAAAACCAACAUUGGCGUCUCCUGAAACAGAACAAACUUUUACCACAUCCCAUUCUCAAACAAAACCUGCAACUGCAUUUGAAAUGUCAAGUUCCGCCAUUACAGAUAGAGGGAGCACAAAUCCAUAUACUAGUGGAUACCCUGGAGAAAUGUCCAGCAAACACACUCCAAAAGGUUCCUCGUUAAUCAGUCCAGAGACCACAACAGCAGAACAAGUUGAGAUAAGCCUUGGUGCUACUCCAGAAGAUAUUGACGGUUCAGGAACUAUGAGUACAGAUUUGUUGACAUCAUCUAUAACAGUUAUUGAUACAUCUUCAAGUUUAUACAGUAUUGACACAGCAACAAUAUCUCCUGAAUCAGAGGCUUCCUCAGUGAGACCAGAACAAGUAGAUAGAGGCCAAACCAUUGACAUAUCCACAGCAGCCUCCGCUGUUAUCGAAUUAUCUUCAUCUGAUAUUGUCAAUGAGACAACAGGAAAUUAUCCAACAAUUGGCACAAAGUCACCUUCAGUCUCAGAGACAUACACAUCUGAAACAAGUGAUGUGUCCAAAACUGCAGUUACGCCAGCCGUCUCACUCCUUAGCACAGCAAAACCAACAUUGGCAUCUCCUGAAACAGAACAAACUUUUACCACAUCCCAUUCUCAAACAAAACCUGCAACUGCAUUUGAAAUGUCAAGUUCCGCCAUUACAGAUAGAGGGAGCACAAAUCCAUAUACUAGUGGAUACCCUGGAGAAAUGUCCAGCAAACACACUCCAAAAGGUUCCUCGUUAAUCAGUCCAGAGACCACAACAGCAGAACAAACUUUAGCUACAGUGAAUUUGCAGGAAACGUCAUCAGGUCCAGAGGAAAGUUCAAAAUCUCCAGUUACAAGAGGAGAUGGGACAAGUGAACCAACAAGUGAAAUGUCUCACACACAAAGUGCAUCUUCUACUGGCUCCUCAUUGUUCAGCACUGAGAAGACAACCUAUCUUCUACCUAAGCAUGACGACAGUGUUCAAACAGAUGUUUCUUCAGCUUCAACACUCCAGAGCACACAGGAACCAUCGUUAAUGUCAUCUGAAACAUAUCAGACUUUAGCUACAGUGAAUUUGCAGGAACGUCAUCAGGUCCAGAGGAAAGUUCAAAAUCUCCAGUUACAAGGAGAUGGGACAAAGAUAAGCCUUGGUGCUACUCCAGAAGAUAUUGACGGUUCAGGAACUAUGAGUACAGAUUUGUUGACAUCAUCUAUAACAGUUAUUGAUACAUCUUCAAGUUUCUACAGUAUUGACACAGCAACAAUAUCUCCUGAAUCAGAGGCUUCCUCAGUGAGACCAGAACGAGGUACUUCUGGUGAAAACAUCACAAAGUCUACUGACACACCCAUCACUAAAACUACGGCUGGCUCUUCUGCUUUCAGUAUUCUGUCCGUCUCAUCAACAAGAAAAGCGGAAACAAGUGAUAUUUCAAAAACUAAUGUCCAUACAGUAAACAACGACAACGAAAAGGCCAUGCCUCAGACAACUUCUGAAUCUGUUGGAUUGUUUUCAUUUAUUUCAUCAUUUGAAGUCACUACAAGAUUGAGCACUUAUGAGCCUAACUUUUCUUUUACCAAUGAAGAGGUGUUAUCUCCUGAGACUGUUGAUUUCAAUGAGAUGAAGAAUUCAGCCUUUGGAGGAUCUUUAGACAUAAAUUACACUAGUCCUAAAAUACAAACAGAAGCUCAGCAACCCUUUCUUGAAACGUCUGCCCCGGCAAUCAGUCCGGCAAGCUUAUCAGAUGCAAGGCACACUGAACUGACCACAAAAUCUCACAAUGACUUUUUUGUUGCUACAGAUGAGGCUGAAACAAAUGAGACUAUGAGUCGAUCAUUAACAAGUUUUUCUGGUACACAACCCACGUUGACAAACAAAGAGACUACCGUUGUUGCCCUGGGUAUUGGAAAUGGUUCUUCUGAUGCCAACCGCAAUGAGUCAACAUUUCAACCAGUUUCUAAUUCUCUUUUUACUCCAAGAUCAAUAUUUAAUUUGAAACAUUCCCACAUCCCUGAUGCUACUGGCUCUGUCACAUUUACCCUCCCUCCCUCCACAUUAGAAUUGGCCACAUCUUCUUCUACUGUGACUGAGAAACCAGUUGAUUUUUCUUUGAGCAGCACCGUUCACUCAGUUUCCUCAAUGUCAGUGUAUAAGGAAAAAGAUAGUUCAGAUCAUGGCUCAACAACUCUUGAAAGCUUAUCUCCAGGAAAUACACUUCCUCCUAUACAGGCGUCUAGUACAAUAAAAUUAACAACUCACAAAUCAAAAUCAUCUUCAGGCUUUACUUUAACAGAUCAUAGGACUGUAGGUGACCAAACCUUUGAUAUACUUACCUCAGACCAAGCCAUGACCAACAAUGCCACAUUUGGAGUUACGUCAAAUGAAACAGAAACCUUUGUUUCAGUUGAAACAUUUGAUGAACAGGUUUCCAAAAAAGGAGUUGAACAGUUGUCAAGUACAGAAACCCCCCUCAGUUUUGAACCAAUAAAUCAUUCAGAUCCAAGAACAAAAAGUCCAGAUACAGAUGGAGUGCCGACAGAAGAGGAAGCAACACAACCGUCUCAUAGAACAGAGUAUGUUAUAAAUGAUCACACAGUUAAUAGUUCUAGCAGUGAUAGAAAAUAUAUCCUAUCAAAAUCUACACCAUCUACUGGUAUUAGAUAUCACAAUAACAAAGAACAACAGGUUGUAAUUAUGCCGAGUCACGACAAAACUGAGACUGGACAUACAGCCCAAACUACUACUUUUUCAGAGAAUUUCUCUGAAGAAUUAUCACCAGCCACAAUUUACCCAAUGCCUACAAAUCAUGAAAAACUUCCGGUUGAAGAAUCAACCAGUUUUCAUCCAGGUGAUUAUUCUUUGAGUCCAGUUGAUUAUGCUUUAGCAAGUCAUGUGACAGCUCUCCCAAAUCUAAUUUCUGAUGCAAACAUUGGAAAACCAUCAUCCCCACAGAAUAGCUUUUAUCCUGAAAAUGAUCAUUUUGCCCCAGUCAGUGGUACAGAAAACCAAAAACUUCUUCCAUCUGUUUCUCAGUAUAAUGAAACCGCAGAAUCAAACGCUAGUAAUGAGGAUAUUUCCACCCUGUCCAAAGCAUCUUCAAGUGAGUCUUCCCAGACUAUAUUCAAGUCAACUGCUACAACAAUAUCAAAGAUAGAAUUAAUUAACCUUGAAAGCACCUUAGGGAGAACAAUCAGUACAAUUGAUAUCAGUACAGGUCAUGAAGAAACUACCACAAGUGUUUAUGGAGAAUUAACAACAUCAACAACACAAUCACCAAACCAGGAAGAAUUAGUUUCAUCUUUAGCCACACAACCUUCAUCCUUUUCUGAGGAAAAAGAAAAAGACGACAGGAAAAUGUCAACAUUUCCAUUCCUUAAUGGAAGAGACCCAGCAACAGAAGAAAGAACAACCCCCUCUGUCCAAAUAAGACUGGAUGUGGGCCACACAGUUGUUGGCGAGACUGUGGAAAUUUCUGGAAUGUAUUCAUGUAAGGAGAACAUUUGUCUGAAUGGAGGAUCUUGCUUCAAGACUGGCAGCAUCUAUUCAUGUAGCUGUUCUCCAGGUUACACUGGUCAUCAGUGUGAAACAGACAUUGAUGAGUGCCAGUCAAAUCCAUGCCGUAAUGGAGGCACAUGUGUUGAUGGGCUGGCUUCCUUUACAUGUGUGUGUCUCCCAAGCUACUCUGGGCUUUACUGUGAGGAAGAUACUGAAAUAUGUGACUAUGGUUGGCACAAGUUUCAAGGUCAUUGCUACAGAUUCUUCCCCCAGAGGAAAGGUUGGGACUCUGCAGAACGAGAGUGCCGCAUUCAGGGAGCUCAUCUCACCAGCAUCCUUUCCCAUGAAGAACAACAGUUUGUCAACCGUCUUGGACAGGAUUACCAGUGGGUUGGCCUGAAUGAUAAGAUGUUUGACAAUGACUUCCGCUGGACUGAUGGCAGCCCUGUGCAAUAUGAAAACUGGAGGCCCAACCAGCCUGACAGCUUCUUUUCAUCCGGAGAGGACUGUGUGGUGAUGAUUUGGCAUGAGGGUGGCCAGUGGAACGAUGUCCCAUGCAACUAUCACCUAACCUUCACAUGCAAGAAAGGCACAGUGGCCUGCAGCCAGCCUCCUGUAGUUGAAAAUGCACGUACCUUUGGUGGAAAGCGGGAGAGGUAUGAAAUCAACACACUGGUGAGGUACCAGUGUCGAAAUGGGUUCAUUCAGAGACAUGUUCCAACCAUCCGCUGCCGUGGCGACGGACGGUGGGAUACACCUAAAAUCACCUGUAUAAGCCCGUCGAGCUACCAGAGGUCCUUCAUGAGGAGACAUCAACCCCAUGCUCUAUACAGUAUCAAUAAUUUCAAAAAAUGGCAGGAUGAGACCUUGCGCCACCACCAUCAGCGCAACUGGGGAAGGAGAGACAGAACAGUACAAAAGAGGACAAAGCAAUGAUUUCCAAGAGGAAUCAAGAACACUUGCCUGAUGGUUGGAAGAAAGGAAGACCAGAAAAAAAAAAUGCGUUAAAAAAAGCUCAUCAACAGAAACCGAGGAUAAACUGCAAGUUCCUUGUAUUUACAAUGACGAUAACAUCUUAUAAAGUGCCUUUGAAAUAAUUUUAGCUGAUGAUUCAUUUCAAGAAAGACUGCUACAUUCAUAGUGAGGACAAACUCUUUCAGCUGGCUUCUGGAAGCACAAUGAGCUGUCUAAUUUGAUAUUCUUUUAUGUUUUUUUUUUUUUCAUUUUAUGUUGACUAAUUCUAUGAAACAUUUAUUGUUGCUGUCUGAUGAAUCAACUGUGCUAUUUAAAGCCAAUGCGACUGUCCAACAUCUAUAGAAAGAACAUAAUACAACUUAUGUCACAUAAAAAUAAUUUAUUUUGUCGUCCUGUUUAAUGUUGAAAUGCAUGAAUGCAUACGCAUAAAUAUGCUUUCUCAAUUUAAUCAAAGACGCUAAAUGUCAUGAGUUGUAGUUUUUUCUCAGAUUACAAAUAGGGCUAAUAAUUAGAACAGUCCACAAGAUCUUUGUUUUUUUAAUAUAAAGAGAAACUUUUUUCUUCACGAACAAUAGACUAAAAAGGCUUGAAAAACAUUGCUUGAAAGUAUUUUCACAGGCAGUAACAACAAAUAGCCUUUUUCUCACAGGGGAAAUCUAUUUGGUGGCAGCUUUCAAAGGUUUGAAUUACCAGCUUUCCCUGUUUUCUUCUUAUAAGCAACAUUUAUGUACAUGUAUGUAUCGACAGAAGGUUCCAAAUAUUACUGGCCUCACUUUUUGUAUGAUACAGUUUUGAAAGGUUCCUCUCUGAGUACCUAUUGACAAAACCUUUAAACGCAGACAGAAACUGAUGUCAUUCUAUUUAAAAAUGAGGGAAAAACCAACAUGUGUAGCUCAAGCAGCCUGGAUUUCUAUUCAGCUCACAAUCUUUGGUACACCAUGUUUACAUAACUGUUCUGCUGUUAAUUGUCACACAUGAAAAACAAUCUUUUUUUCAUGUGUUUUGCUUGUGUUUCACCAUAAAAAAAAUUCCUUUUAAAGUUUUCUUUUACUUUUUUUUUUUAAACUGUGCUUCACUGCUUUUGCUGCACAUCAAAUCAUCCAUUGAGAGAAUGUAUUUUUGUGAAACACUCAGAGACUUGAACACUAAAGCUGUUGGGGUGGAAGAGAUACAAAUAAUUUAUUUUCAAGCUGCUUUUUAUCUCCUCGUGUGUUUUAUACUGACAAGUAAAAUGUGUUGAUGUCACUGGUCCCAGGAGUGCUCUUUUUAUGUGUAUGUUCAAUAGAAGACAAGACAUGCUCAGAAUGUCUAAACCUGAUGCAAUAAAGACAGAAAUUUACUCAUUUUAUGCAGUUUAAUCAGUUUAUAUCUCUUAAUACCACAGUGAACCAAGAGACAUGGAGGGCAUAAUAAGCAAUAAUUUUGUUCUGAAAUAGUGACAAAAUCAAUUUUUACAUGUGAAUGGCUGUGUCUCUGCAACAGUUCUAUUGGAGCGAUGUUGCUUUAUUUGGUCUGCCUGUGAAUGUUUAAGUGCGUUUUUGCCCUAUUGUGCACAUAAUAUCAUUUUAUAUUUAUAUAACAACUUUUUUUUUCUACUUUACAAUGUGAAUAUAUGAGAUGUUUGUGAAUUGUUUUAUUUUUAAGAGUAAACUGUUUUUCCUUCUUUAACUCACCAAAGAACCAAAUAAAUAUAUGGAUGUGUGA